AUGGCAAUUGAAAAGACUCUCUUCCCGCCGAUACCAGGUACUAAGAUGGAAAAGUCUUUUUACAAAAAAUUGAAAACUCAUAGGAAUAGAAUUCCGAAAGAGGUAAUAGAGAGUGGAAGUGAAGCUUUUUAUUCCUUUUUAGGUGAUGAUGAAUCUAUUGGAAAUUUGAGCACGUCGGCCAUCCUUAAGCGUACACUUCGUAUCUUGACAAGUAUGAGUCUUCCUGCUGCUGGCAUGCCAGUAGAAUCAAAGAAGGACUUAGCAAAGUCCAUGAGUCAUUCAGGGACUGAUAGAUUUCUCUAUAUCAACGGUAACCUUAUUGACUUGGAAAACUCUCCCCUCUUUGUCGCUUCACAGGCACCUAUCGCAUCGGGUAUUUCUGACUUUCUUGCUACCCUUUAUAAAUAUAAGAUACAACUAGUCAUCAUGCUUACUAAAACAGUUGAGGAUGAAAUUGAGAAGGCUGAUCAGUAUUGGGUAAGCGAGAAUAACGCCGCCCUUUUUGACGACAACCAUGUAGAUAAUACUGAAGGGUUAAACUCAACAUGUAGCAGCUUGUUUUUCAGGGACAUGAAGGUAUCUCUGAACCCUGAGGAGCCGUAUUAUGCCGAUAAGCGACUUGAUUUGAUUUAUCGGCCCUUACUCAUUCAACCGCAAAGUGGUGGGGCGGUGAUGCCAUUGUUACAUAUUCAGUACACCGGUUGGCCCGACCUUGGUGUGCCGAGUUCCGCGGUUGCGCUUUGCGAACUGUUUAAAAUUGUGGACGCGUACCAGGACACCGCGCCUGUCCUCGUGCAUUGUAGCGCGGGUGUGGGUCGUACUGGCACUUUUAUUGGCACCUAUGCGAUUCUUCAGGCGAUACGGAAUGGACGCUUUGAAAAUGAGACGUUGUAUCAGACGGUUAUGUCGAUGCGUUGCGCUCGCUAUUACAUGGUACAGCGUAUUGAGCAAUACUUGUUUAUGUACCAGAUUAUCUUGACUAAGCUUAAUUUGGACAUGAGCGAAUUUGCAGCUAAUCUUCAGGAAAGCGUGUUUGAAUAUCAACAGGAAGUAACAAGGACUUUACUACUAAAGAAACUCCGAAAUCUAGUAGCAAAAGAGGAAAGUUCAAAUAGGACGUGUUUGGAUACAAAUUCGAAACGAGAACGGAAUAAGUGA